AUGAAAACACUUGUUAAAACCAGUUUACAAUUUGCCAGACUGGUGACCAACAUGUCAGUUCCAUUGAUUUCUGACCCCUUAACAUUCAAUAACGCCAGAAAGAUUAGAGACACCAAUACCGUUUUCUCCAAGCCCAACUUUGUUUCUUUCGAUGCGUUCGGCACCCUAUAUGUCCCAAAGAAACCAGUACAUAUUCAGUACCACGAAAUUGCCUCCGAGCAAUUUGGAAUCGACAAGCUGGCUGAAUCCAUUAAACAAUCUUUUCCUGUCAUCCACAAUCAAUUGCUCCAAGAAUUCCCAAACUAUGGUAAAGACUCUAAAGAAAUCACCUCGACCGACCAAUGGUGGCUGGAGUUGAUUGUUCGUCUUUUUGAUUUGAAGCACUAUUCCCAAGACCAGGAUUCCCUUGAUGUUUGUAAUAGCCUUAUUAACCGGUUCAAGUCAUCGAAAGGGUACCAUUUGUAUGAAGACGUGAUUCCUACACUUUCUAAAUUGAAGGAAAAUGAUAUUACCGUAUUGGUGUCGAGCAACUCGGAUCCUCGUGUCUACGAUAUUCUUGAAAGCUUGGGCCUUGACCAAUACAUAGACAAUGUCUAUAUUUCAUACCACUUGUCCCAUGAGAAGCCUUCAAAAAAAUUCUUUGACUUGGUUGCAAAUUCCCAAAUCUCAAAUAUUGGCUCCUUGCCAGCCGAUAAAAGAUCUUCAUUCUUGGAAAACUGUUGGCAUGUCGGUGAUAGUCACGAUAAGGAUUAUGUGGGCCUGGUGAGAUCCGGCUGGAAUGGAGUACUUAUUGAUAGAGAUGUUAAAAGUGGCUACUUGAAUCACCCAAUGCCUAGUCCUGAAGCUGAGUCUCCAAGUUGUAUGACAGGACCUGCUGGGGAUAUUCGGUUGGGAAAUUCUUCUCGGCCUGCUCAGAUAAUUGCUGAUAAUAGAGUGAUUGUGUCAGAUUUAACUCAGAUAUUGAGUUUGUUUGGUUUAGAUUAG